AUGGCCGCGUACUGCGACGGCGUGGGCGCCCGCGGGCUCCGGCAGGGCCAGGCUCGGGCUGUCACGCGUCCCCCGUGCCCGGCGCGCGGGGACAUGGGCCCGGCGGGCGGCCCGCGCCUGUGGGUGACGGCGCCCGCGCUCGGCCCCGCGCCCUUCGCGUCGGGCCGCGGAGCGGCUGCGCCCCACACGUCCGCGGGCCUCGGGGGCCCCGGGCAGCUCCUGGCGGGCAGCGACCUCGCGUGGCUGAGCCUCCCGGGGCCGCAGGAGCUGCUGCGGCUGGUGCGGCCGCCCUACUCGUACUCGGCGCUCAUCGCCAUGGCCAUCCAGAGCGCGCCCCGGCGGCGGCUCACGCUCAGCCAGAUCUACCAGUACGUGGCCGGCAACUUCCCCUUCUACAAGCGCAGCAAGGCCGGCUGGCAGAACUCCAUCCGCCACAACCUGUCCCUCAACGACUGCUUCACGAAGGUGCCCCGAGAUGAGAACGACCCAGGUAAAGGCAAUUACUGGACGCUGGACCCAAACUGCGAAAAGAUGUUUGACAAUGGCAAUUUCCGAAGGAAGAGGAAGCGGAAAGUGGAGGCGAGUGUGGCUGAGACCCUGGCAGCCAGAAGCCGGGUGGAGGGCGCCACGGCGCUGCUCCUGCGGGAGCCCCGGGUUUCAGCUUCCCCAGACCUGCAGGCCUUGGCAUCGUCUCCGCCCGCCUCCCAGGCUGCCCCCUGCCUCUCAGGCUUCUCCAAGGCCAUGGGCACCCUGGGCGGUAGUCCAGGCACCUUCCCUGGGGGCCUGGCACAUGACUUUCCCUUUGACAGGCCAACCACAGUGGCCGCCCAAGGCCCCCUCGGAGCCACUUCACGCUUCUCUCUUGGCGGUCAGACAGAGGCCACUGGCUCCCGGGUCAGUCAUCUGGUCUACAGCCCUGAAGGGCCUGAAGUUUGAAGGAAGGCUGGAGACUACUGGCCCGGUGUCCUGUUCAGAGAUGCUGAGCUAAGGCCUGGUAGCCUGCCUGGUGGGUCCCAGGGUCUUGGUUCCACAGCCUAUCACUACUGGCAUGCUGCGUGGGGAGCGGAGCCCAGACUGCCCUCCUCACACAGAGCCCAGCAGAUGCGCCCCUCACUCAGAAAGCACGCCCUCCUCUGCCUGCCCUGAGCUCUCCCUCUAAGCACUCCAGGAAGCCACCCUAAAGAGCCCUGGGCUGAAGCUCUGUGCCAGCCUUUCCCAGGGGCCCCUCCUAGUCUCCAGCCUCCCGAGUUUUCUUGGAGCUGGUCAAAGGAAGGGGGUCUGUAAGGGCACCCAGAAGGCUCAUCCAUGGCUGAGUUCCACCUCUGAGCCUCCUUCCUCAGCACAGCAUUCUGUCUGUGUUGGGGGACAGCUGGGGAAUGGGGUGAGGGCUCAGGAUCCUGAGGAGUGCAGGGGGCUAGGCUGCACGGGAAGAGGGACUUCACAAGGUGACCGACAGACAGCAGGACUGUGCUGGCCGCUCCCUCCAGUCACUCUACUGGCAUUUUAUGGCCUGUUCCAGGACACCACUGUGGCCUGAACCGAGAACAGUGCCUGGUACUUGGGAAUCCCUGGGUGGCCGUGCGUUAGCCUCACCCCAGCACACUCACCCUAGCUGUCUGGGGCAGGUGGCUAGCCUCACCUGUUUUGGUCUUUCUUUCUUAAUUCACCCCUAUUCCUGAUCUGCUCCGGGCAGCAGAACUCCCAAGAACUACCUCAGGUGUGAAUGUUAACCCCUGCCUUCCCAGUCCCACUUGUCUCAGGCAAGGAGCCCAAGGUCCUUGGGAAAAGGAAUUUUAGCAUCUCCCGGAGGUCCCAGAAGCCUUAGCCCAUGGCUGUCUUCGACCUUUGUGGUGACUGUCAUUAUCUGAAGACACGACACUGAGGGCAGGGCGCGCGAGAGCAUAUGCCCCUCCCCCGCCACGCACAGAGCCCCACACUCCCAGGCAAGUGGAAGAGGCGCCUUCCUGGGAGAAAACAGCAGGUUGGCCUUUGAGUGAGCUCAGCUGCUUCCGCCCAGCGGAGGAGAUUUUCCUUGAUCAACUCAAAUCUGCCUGCAGCCUCCCUGCUUUGUGAAAGAGAGUAGUGAUCCUGUGUGUCUUAGAGCUGCCUCCAUGGGGCAGGUGGUCCUGAUGAAGAGUGGGGUGUGUGUGUGUGUGUGUGUGUGUGUGUGUGUGUGUGUAAGAGAGAACAGCUCACAUGGACACACCAACCAAAAGUUGGUGUGAAUUGGACAACUUCCUACUUUCAUGUCUAAACUUACAACCAACCCAUAAUCUCCAAAUAAAAUGCAAUUUUAAAGGUGCAGAAAAGAAAAGGAAAUUCUUAAAUGUAUAAAUGAAAGAACUUAUUAUAAGGGUAAGGUGAUGAGCAGAGGCUCUUGAUACACAACUACACGACCCAGGUUCAUAGGUUCAGAAUUUCAUUUAUCUCCUAAGCCAUUUUUAUAAAACAGAAAAAAAAAAUAAGUCUCUGUGUGUGGAGCUGGUGGUCCCACACAGGUCAGUGCAAGAAUACACCACAAUCACAGCACCCCAACUUAGACUCUGUGUUUGAAAAAAAGUGGGGAAAAAAAAUUAAUAAUGAUGACCAGAGUGAGGAGAUAGAUACAACUGGAUAGUUGGCGGAGCUCUAGUAAAAUUUGGCUGGCAAAUCCAUGUGGACACGGGGAAUUGUGGCUACAUGACAGGGAGAAACGGGUUGCUGGGAAGUUGUUAUAUUAAUAUUUUUGUUUCCAGUAGUAGAUUUUCUGUUUUAAACUGAAGA